AUGCUCUUCGAAAACCGUAUACAUCUCGACACCGAUACUUUUGAAGAAUCAGACUCGGAUUAUGAUAGAAGCUCGAGUUCUAUUGCCAGAAGCACUCCCUAUCCGAAAGAUGAAAAAGAUAUACUAAAAAAUAUUGACUACAGUGGUAGAAGCUUCCAGGAUGUAGAGUUGAAUCAACAAACAGCCUAUAACUUUGAUGAAGAAUCUAAAGUGCCGUUGUCUGCAACUUCUCAUGAAGAUAUGGAAGAACUACAAGAAAAGGAAGAAAUGAACCAUUUCAAAGUGCCCUUUUUCUCAAAAUUGACUGGGGGUUUCACUAUCAUAUUGGUGUUUCUUAUUGCUGUAUUAUCGACUGAUUUUGGUGUUUCAAGUUCCUGUCAAAAAGAUGGUUUAGCAUGUGUUCCCCAAAUGACAAUCAAACCAACUGAUGAUACUCUCAAGGCUAAAUUAACUUUAUCCACCCUUAGAGAAGGUCUUAAAAUGGUUUCUUAUUUGGCUACUGAUCUCGGUGUCUCCAAUGACGAUUUACAAUCAAAUGUAGAUUAUAUGAAUACCAUUGAUACUUUCUCCACAAAUAAACUUUACAAGUUUAAUUCAAAUGGAUUUUGCCGUUAUAAUAGUGACUCCAAAGAACAGUAUUGUUCGAAUGGUCAUGGUCUUGAUAUUUUUUCUAGUUUGGCUGCUGAUAUCGGUAUACAAUUAGGUAAAGUUGGUGGUGGUAGCGCAAAUGAUUCACAAGAAAUGCGUGAUUCUAUGGUUUCAACUUAUACUAAUAUUGUUGACUUAUUAGAUGCCCUUUAUUAUACAGCGAUUAAUAAUGAGACUGAAUCAAAUAGCUUGAAAAUGGAACAACUUAAUGCUGCUCACCAUCUUAAAUCUAUUAGAUCAUUUGGUGAAUUAAUGUCUAAAAUCCCAAAUUAUACCAUUUCGAUUUCAAUCAUUGCUGUUAUAUUAUUAGUUUCCCUUUUUUUCAUGGAAAGAAGAAGAAGUAUUAAAGGUACUAAAGCUAAUAAUAAAAUAGUGUCCAAUGUUUUGUACGGUGGUAUGUUUACUAUACUAAUUGUUCAUUUGGGAAUAUUAUUAGGACGUAACAUCUUACAAUUAAGAACGUUUCAUUCUAUAGAUUUGUUUUUCAAAGCAUACGAAAUUGCAAAAGUUGAAUAUGGCUGGGGUCAAUUAUUGCUUUGGCUAAUGGUACUUUGUGAUUUGGCUGCAAUAUUUGCAUUGUUCAAAAUAUUUAGACGUAGAUAA